AAUGCUCUGGAGAUUGACUCUUGCGGUGGCUGUGGUGUGUGUUGGUGGCAUAUGCAGCUGUGUGAAGGCUGAUGUAAUGAACGGACUGAUUGUACCGAGGGACUACGGGGUGAAACUGUGCGGGAGAGAGUUCAUCAGAGCAGUUAUUUUCACCUGCGGAGGCUCCCGGUGGAAACGAUCCACAGAGGGGGACUUGGACUCUUUCCAUUGGAGUUCCCUUAGUGACGAUCCAGCAGACGACCAGCAGCGCACCUGGCAACGUGGCACAGGGCCCAGAGAUAACCGGUCUCCUCACCAUGUUGCCACCUCUCGCUCCAUGGCAGACCGCCUUGUUCUUUACAGGGCCAUAGGAGAGAGGCAGCAGCAGACGCUCAGCAACCCAACCCCUCUGGAGAAUCCUCAGUCGUUCAUGGUUUUAGGCAAGCAAGGUGGUAGUCCCACAGGAGCUGGCUGGCCCAUACCGAGUAAGAAAAAGAGGAACUUUUCUCUGGGUGUGGCAGGGAUGUGCUGUAACCAGGGCUGUACCAAGAAUGAUAUUGGACGCUUGUGCUGAGGCAAAGAGGGGGGAAGGCAUGGCAGAGAGGUGGUGAUAUAAAGGUGUUGUGAUGGGUGAUUAUGGACAGUGUACAGUUGUGGAAACUGUUUAACUGGCUAUAGUAUAGCUAGUUAUUGCCACCCACAUCUUACUGCACAGCAGACACAGUCCAUAGUAUCUGAAUUAGACUCAUCACGUCACCCCAACAUCAUGUCUCUCUGUCAUAAUGAUGUCUACAUUGUCCUCACUGGAUAUUUUGUUUAAAAGAUGCUCUGUACGGUCUGUAUAUACUGUGUGUUUCAGCAUCCUUGACAAUAAAUUUUAAAUACUGUGUUAAUAUGAAAUGUUGAGCAGUGUUAUAUAUUGUCUACAACACUUGAUUAUGCAUGGAAUGGCUCUGGAGCACCCGUGUUCUCGCCUGCAGACUAU